AUGAAUAAAUUGGGGAACAGUAUUCAUCAAAAUUUAAUUUUAGUGAUUCAAUAUCCAAAUAAUAUUACAUUUAACAUUUUUGGGAUUUAUCUAGGCUCUUUAAAUGAAGCAAAACCUCACAUACAAGAAUUUGUUGAAUUGACUAAACCUAAAAAUAAAUCAUAUGUUGAACGGGAUUGGUAUCAUGCAAAUAUAAAUACGGUUUGGAAGAAGUGGACUCAUUUUAAAAUUACAUCUUUCUAUAUUGACUCGACAGGACUAUCUUAUGAAGGUGUUGAGUAUUUAAUGGAAUUUAUGAGAAAUUUCAAAUGUGUAUUUAAUGUAAGAACAAUGUUAAUUGGUGGUGGAAAAGCCAACGAAAUUGAACGAAAUGAAAUGGCAUUCGUUUACAGAAAUUUUAUGUAUUUUUUGGGGAUUGGAUUAUUCUUAGAUGAGGAUAACUAUGAAACCUGUAUAGAAGAUUUAAAAAGUUUUUCUCGAGUCUUUCAAAAAAAUUAUACUAGUUUUGAAAGUUAUCAAAACUACAUUGAGAGAGCAUUAGAGAAUUGGCAAUGCAGAUAUUAUGGAGAAUAUUUUGAAAAAUUAGUAGAAAUUAAACAGAAAUAUGAUCCUAAUAAUUUAUUUAAUUGGAAUCAAAGUAUACCUACUACUACUGAAAUUUCGUGUUAUUAG